CUCUCUUGUCCCGAGGGCAGAAUUUACCUGGUUGAGAUUAACAUUCCCAGCAGGCUGCGGCUUGAGAGGAUCUUGGCGAACAAGACAUGGUCAGCCACGUGCAUUUCCCGUCCAGCCCUCAACGAACGCCCAAAAUGCAACCGCCAACUUCCCCGCACAAUCGUUCGGCAGCGGCCAGCAAGUCCGUCCCUCGUAGGAAAUGCUCACGGAGGCCAUGGCCGGCGAAAAAAUUGGCAAGAAGCUCCUCGAACGGCUCGGAGUCGGCCGAAGGAAAUCAGCGAAGUCCACGACACACGAUGGUUCUCCCAAGCUCGAUGAAAUUCCCUCGUCAGCGGGUUUCUCACAAGUAAAUGCUAUCCUCAGUCCCGGGCAUACGACCCUACCGAUCACGGCAUCUCCUCCCGUCUUACAAUCGACAGCAGGUGCCUCAACCUCCCUUCCUCCGGAAGCACCGCCUGUACCUUCGGACGGCGCAUCACAUAUAUCUUUAAGCAACACUACAGGCAACAUUGCGAGGCUACCGCAGGCAGUGGCCGGUUACCGAGCGGCGAACGCCGGAGAGCACUCCGCCACAACCGGUCGGCUCGAGGACCAAGCGGAUAAUAUACUCCCAAUGCUCGGGACUGGGCUCCAUGUUAUCUUUGACAGCGCUCGCGAUGGCCAGCCUCCCUGUGUUGCGGAAACUGACGUUGUGGCGGUCCACGGUCUUAACUUCAUGGGCGAUCCCAAUCACGCGCAGGAAACGUGGACCAAAGGCGGCAAACUCUGGCUCAAAGACUUUCUCCCGGCCUACCUUCCGAAGCCGGCUCGUGUGAUGCUCUUUGCGUAUAACUCUAGCCCGGCUUUUGGCGCAUCGGCCCUUAGACUCGACGACCACGCAAGGAACCUUUUACAAUGGCUCAGCCUUGAGCGAGGCGAUGUGCCGGAAAGGCCGAUAGUUUUUAUCUGCCAUAGCCUUGGCGGCCUGGUUGUCAAACAAGCACUCGUCGAAGCGAAGUUGGACGAGUCAUACAAGUCAAUACUUGAAGCAACAUGCCUCCUCGUCUUCUUUGCUACACCGCAUCGAGGCGGGAACUACGCCAGUGUGGGCGACGUCGCAGCCAAGUUAUUCACGAAGGCUCUGAGAACGGGUCCCAAUGACCUUACGAACGCACUUAAGCGGAACUCAGAUGAGGCGACAAAACGAUUUGAGCAAGCCCGCCACCUUUUUGAGACAACUCUUGUCGUUAGCUUCUUCGAGGGGAGGCGGUAUCAUAAAGCAGACGUCAUUGUAGAUAAGGAUUCAGGAACGCUGAAUCUCCCAGGGUCGGUUGAGAAGCAGGUGGCUAUAGACGCUGACCAUAGCGCUAUCUGCAAGUUCGACUCCAGCGACAGUCCUACGUGCCAGCUAGUUUUAAGGAGUAUCGCCGCUGAAGUCAAGCGUAGUCUUGAGUUACUUCGGAAAGACCGCGGCCCCGAUCAUACAUCGUUCAGCGAGGAAGAUAAGAAGUGCUUGACAGACUUACGAGUGACCGAUCCCGGCGACGACAAGGACCGUAUCGAGUCAGAUAAAGGUGGCCUCCUCAGAGACUCGUACCACUGGGUCCUCAGCCAUAUAGAUUUCCAACGAUGGCGUGACGGCGGUGAUGGCCAGUUGCUCUGGAUCAGAGGCGAUCCUGGCAAAGGCAAAACAAUGUUGCUCUGCGGAAUCAUCGAUGAGCUGAAGACCACUGCUCCCACGGCCAACAUCUCGUUCUUCUUCUGUCAGGCGACGGACGCUCGCAUCAACAACGCUACAGCGGUCCUACGUGGGUUGAUCUACAUGCUUGUGAACCAGCAGCCGACACUCAUUUCGCACCUGCGCAAAAGCUACGACGGGUUCGGGAAACAGCGCUUCGAAGGCCCAAAUGCAUGGGUGGCACUAUCGAAGAUCUUCACCAGCAUUCUUGAAGAUCUCGAAGACGCGCGUUCACAGAAAACCUACCUCAUCAUUGACGCGCUCGACGAGUGCAUUGGAGACCCGGACCGGCUCCUUGGCCUUGUCGCACAGAAGUCGUCAGAAUACUCAGGCGUCAAGUGGUUAGUAUCCAGCCGCAACUGGCCGAGCAUCGAGAAGGAUCUUGACACCGCGAGGGAGAAAGUAAACCUGCGUCUCGAGCUGAAUGAAGAAUCCGUCUCCGCAGCUGUCACGACAUACGUCCGGUUCAAGGUGGAGGUGUUGGCGAAGCGAAAUAAAUACAGCAAUGACACGCGGGAUGCUGUCGAGCGCGACUUGUCUGCGAACGCACACGGCACUUUCCUCUGGGUGGCCUUAGUCUGCCAGGAACUCGCCACUACCCCGGGAUGGAAGGCUCAAAAGAAGUUGGCUGUGUUUCCGCCUGGGCUCGAUGCACUCUACGGACGGAUGAUGGACCAGAUCUGCCAAUCAGAAGAUGCUGUACUUUGCAAAGACAUACUCGCCAUAAUCUCGGUCGUGUACCAGCCUAUCACAUUGGACGAACUAACGGCCCUCGUCGAUGCGCUUGACGAUAUCUCUGGUAACUACGAAGAUUUAACAGAGAUCGUAGGGCUUUGCGGCUCUUUUCUGACACUUCGCGAACGCACUAUAUCUUUCGUCCAUCAGUCCGCCAGGGACUUUCUGCUCAAACAGGCGUGUGAUGUGAUCUUCCCUUCCAGGAUAGAAGGUAUACACUAUACCAUCUUCUCGCAAUCGCUUCGAGUUAUGCGGAAAACAUUACGACGCGACAUCUACAACCUUGGCGCUCCUGGGUUUUCCAUCGACAACGUCAGACCACCCGAUCCAGAUCCACUAGCCGCAGUGCGGUACUCGUGCGUAUAUUGGAUUAACCAUUUUCGUGAUUGUGAUCCUAUGAAGAACGCGAACAAGGAGCUUCAGGAUGGCGGAUCGAUCGACGCCUUUUUUCGCGAGAAGUGUCUCCAUUGGCUCGAGGCACUUAGCCUUCAGAAAGGUAUAUCAGAAGGAGUAGCUUCAGUGCUGGGCCUUGAGGGUUUGGUUGAGAUAGGAACAUCACUUAUUGAUCGAGUCCGAGAUGUUUAUCGAUUUAUACUCUACCACAAAUGGGGAAUUGAAAACAGCCCUCUUCAGGUGUACGCUUCUGCACUUGUAUUCAGCCCGGCCCACAGCAUAACGAGGAAUCAGUACAAAAAUGAGGAGCCUAAAUGGAUCAUUCGAAAACCGAUUAUGGCGGACAAUUGGAGCGCAUGCUUACAAACGCUCGAGGGCCAUAGCGAUUAUGUUUGGUCAGUGGCCUGGUCGCACGAUGCAACCCGACUAGCAUCUGCGUCAAGGGACAAAACAGUCAAGGUCUGGGAUCCGGCAACCGGCCAGUGCGUGUCGACAUUUGAGGGCCAUAGCAGUUGGGUCAUCUCGGUUGCAUGGUCGCAUGAUGCGACCCGGCUGGCGUCGGCGUCAGAUGACGAGACAGUCAAGAUCUGGGAUCCCACGACCGGCCAGUGCGUGUCGACCUUUGGGGGCCAUCGCGGCGGCGUCCUGUCGGUGAUCUGGUCGCAUGAUUCGGCCCGGCUGGCGUCGGCAUCAGACGACAUGACAAUCAAGAUCUGGGAUCCGGUGACCGGCCAGUGCGUGUCAACGCUAGAGGGCCAUCGGGGCGGCGUCCUGUCGGUGGUCUGGUCGCAUGGUUCGGCCCGGCUGGCGUCGGCUUCAGACGACGGGACAGUCAAGAUAUGGAAUCUGGUGACCGGCCAGUGCGUGUCGACCCUCGAGGACCAUCGCGGCGGCGUCCUGUCAGUAGCCUGGUCGCACGAUGCGAGCCGGCUGGCAUCGGCAUCUGACGAUAAGACAGUCAAGAUCUGGGAUCCGGCGACCAGCCAGUGCGUGUCGACCCUUGAGGGCCACCGCGACCCUGUCUACUUGGCGGCAUGGUCGCACGAUGCGAGCCGACUGGCGUCAGCAUCAUACGACAAGACAGUCAAGAUCUGGGACCCGGCGAACAGCCAGUGCGUGUGGAUGCGCGAGGACCAUCGCGACACUGUCAAUUCAGUUGCAUGGUCUUAUGAUAGGACCCGGCUGGCGUCGGCAUCAGACGACGACACAGUCAAGAUUUGGGAUCCCGCAACCAGCCGAUGCGUAUCGACGUUUGAGGGCCAUAGCAGCUGGGUCAACUCCGUUGCAUGGUCGCAUGAUGCGACCCGGCUGGCGUCGGCGUCAGUCGACGAGACAGUCAAGAUCUGGGAUCCAGCGACCGGCCAGUGCGUGUCUACACUCGAGAGCCAUCGCGGCGCCGUCCUGUCGGUGGCCUGGUCGCACGAUGCGACCCGGCUGGCGUCGAAUUCACAAGACGAGACAAUCAAGAUCUGGGAUCCGGCAACCAGCCAGUGCGUUUCGACACUCAAGAUCGGUCGCAUCUGUCGUACUCUCCAGUUUCAUGAAUCUAAUUCUGACCUUUUACGUACAGAGUUUGGUACAUUCGACUUGCGAAACGCCAGAGUUUCUAUGGUCUUAGGUCCCGCUUCCCUUGAUUGUUUGUCGCCAAUUGAUGUUGGAUAUGGCUUGAGCAGCAACUGUACUUGGAUCACGUAUCAAGGAAAAAAUCUGCUGUGGUUGCCGGCAGAGCAUCGGCCAUCCUCUUCCGCUAUAUCUGGAACCGCUGUGUCAAUCGGCUGUUCUUCGGGCCGCAUCUUGAUCUUUAUGUUCACAGACAGCAGCCCGGUUUAGUAGAAGUACCCUUUUGUUUUUCAACUUUCUAGUCUUUUUCCGAACUCCUGCUCUUUCACUCUUAUCUUUUGA